UGUCAACAGAAACCUCUUCGUCACCUCUCAAAUCUCACUCUCAACUGUAAUGGUUAGGGCUUAAGCCCAAAGGGAUCUAAUCAGUAGGAGGUGAAUUUUACGCGCUUAGCAGGCAGCUGGAUUACGGUUAAUGGAAACAGUAAAAAGCGCGCCAAAAAACAGCCUGUAACCUACUCAAACAAAAACGAACAAGCUGUGCUGCUUUUUUGAGAUUUUGCGAGCUCUCUUAUCCCAGUCUAACAGUCUCCUUGAUUCGCUCAAAACACAGAUUCGUUCUUUCCCUUAUAUAAACACCGACCCUUUUUUCGCCACAAUUUCUAUCAAAACUUAAUUUGUUUCUCUACUUUUCUUUUUUGGUCUCCUGUGUGGGUCUUUCUCUCUCUUCAUAGUCCUCCAUUUUUGUCUCUGAACCUUUGUUUGAUUGUGUUUGGAUUCUUGAAUUUUGCUUCUUUGAUAAUGGCUGAGCAAACAAUUCUCGUGACUGGUGGGGCUGGGUUCAUUGGUAGCCACACUGUAGCGCAACUUCUAAAAGAGGGUUUUAGGGUUUCAAUCAUUGACAAUCUUGAUAAUUCUGUCACUGAAGCUGUUGAUAGGGUCAGGGAAUUGGUGGGCCCUGAGCUUUCAAAAAAACUUGAAUUCAAUCUGGGUGAUCUUAGAAAGAAGGAUGAUUUGGAAAAGUUGUUCUCUCGAACUAAAUUUGAUGCUGUAAUCCAUUUUGCUGGCCUAAAAGCAGUUGGGGAGAGCGUAGCAAAUCCUCGUCGUUAUUUUGACAAUAAUUUGAUUGGCACUAUCAACCUCUAUGAGGUCAUGGCAAAAUAUAACUGUAAGAAGAUGGUAUUCUCAUCAUCUGCCACUGUCUAUGGCCAACCUGAAAAAAUUCCAUGUGUUGAAGACUUCCAGUUAAUGGCAAUGAACCCUUAUGGGCGAACUAAGCUUUUCCUGGAAGAAAUUGCUCGAGAUAUUCAAAGGGCAGAACCAGAUUGGAGAAUCAUUUUACUGAGAUAUUUCAAUCCUGUUGGAGCUCAUGAGAGUGGUAAACUUGGUGAAGAUCCCAAGGGUAUCCCGAACAAUCUAAUGCCAUAUAUACAACAAGUGGCUGUUAGCAGAUUGCCUGAACUGAAUGUAUAUGGCCAUGAUUAUCCCACAAAGGACGGUAGUGCAAUCCGAGACUACAUUCAUGUUAUGGACUUGGCAGAUGGUCACAUUGCUGCUCUUCAGAAGCUUUUUACAACAGAGAAUAUAGGUUGUGUAGCCUAUAACUUGGGUACGGGACAAGGAACGUCUGUGCUUGAAAUGGUUGCUGCAUUUGAGAAGGCUUCUGGCAAGAAAAUCCCCAUCAAGCUGUGUCCAAGAAGACCUGGAGAUGCCACUGCUGUGUAUGCUUCCACAGAGAAAGCUGAGAGAGAACUUGGCUGGAAGGCGAAAUAUGGUAUAGCGGAGAUGUGCAGAGACCAAUGGAAUUGGGCAAGCAACAAUCCAUGGGGAUACCAAUCGAAGCCUUGAUAUUUUUUUUCUUGCUUAAGCUUGUAAACUACACAUUAUUUUUUGUCCUCUUUUCCUCUGAUAUACUGAGGGGUUUAUAAUAACCACACAAAACUAUUAUAAAUUUUGAUGACUUGACUUGAUA